UCAAGAGAACUAUUAUUUGUCAACAAUACUUGUGAUUUCAUUAAAAUCUUUCACGCCAUUUCACAACAAAAUCUCUCAGAACAGUUCUUAUCCAUGUCGUUAGCCAAGGCACAGCUUAAGGGCGACUGCAAAGAUGAGAUAAUUGCCUGUCGCUGGCCCCGAGGCUUAUCGGAAUCCACAGGCUAAAAGUGUCGCAUUUUGUUGUCUCAGCAUACCCUAGUAGCUCUAGCCGAAUUCGAGGAUGGAAGCUAUUAAUUCACUGACGAAAUACCAAAAACAAAAACAAAAUACAACCACCAAAAAAAGUAGAAAACAAACACAACUCGUUUUUGGGUAAUAGCCGCUUCAAAAUUCGUUCAGCUUGGGGCUAUUAAUUUGGUUUAUAGCUGUGGCAAGUUUUGCAUAAGCCUCUUGUCGAUGUCCUUGAACAGCGUAAUGAACUUUCGGACACUAAAUGGCAGCAAACUGGAACGGGAGCGGGAACGUGAGCAGGAGGAGGGCGGCUGGAAGCGAAAUCUUUUCAAUUGUAAAUGUUAUGCCAUAAAAGCGAAAAUAUAUAAGGCAGUUAAUUGUCAAAGAAAAGUAUCAUUCACAAAUAGUUUUCUUGAAGAUGAGAACUACUACAAUUUUAUUGGGGUGUGCCUUAGUGGCCAUUUGUCUUUCCUACUUACCAACAAUAGAAUGUCAAAGUUCGUCAACAUCAACAACAACAACAACUGCGGCUACCGAUACGGCAACGACUACAACGGCCGCUAGUGAUACCGCUACAACCACUGCCUCCUCAUCUGACACCACUUCAACCACAUCGUCAUCAUCCAGCAGCGGAUCUAAGAAGACCAGAAGGAAGCACAAGUGGAAGGCCGUGAGAAAGCCUGGCAAGAAGGUUAUCAAGAGGCACCGCAAAGGAGGACGAAAAAUUGAGGAAUUCAUUUUCUAAAUCAAAA